CAAGAAAAAGAAGAAGAGAAAAGAGAUGUAAUAUAAGAGGUUUCUUGUGUUUGCAAAGGGAAAUUUAGUAGAAAAGGAUUAACUCCAAUUUGAUGUUCAACAAGCUAGUCUACACAAGAAAAAAUGACUAAUUGGUUUAUUGAAAAUUCAAGAUUUAUGAUCACUAUAUCAAUUGUGAUCAUUUUGGCUUAUCCUUUUCUACAAUCUUGCCCUCCUGCAGAAGCAAUACAAUCAUCCAAUUCAGAUCUUGAUCCUCUGUUUAACUAUAGACAAUCACCAAAUUUCAAGAACUCACCAAAAUGUACAACAUUUCCCAUAAGUUCAAUUGCUACAAAGAUUUGUAAUCCUUCUUUAGUCCAUAUUUCAAUGACCCUUGACACUAAAUUCCUCCGUGGAUCGGUCGCUGCAAUUCAUUCAAUCCUUCAGCAUUCUCACUGCCCUGAAAAUCUCUUCUUCCAUUUCAUUUCAUCAUCAGAUACUAUAAAUCUUGAACCCCAUUUGGGAAAAAUCUUCCCUUUAUUGUCAUUCAAGAUUUACUAUUUCAAUCCAGGGAUUGUGCAGAACAAGAUUUCGUCUAGCAUAAGGCAAACUCUUGAACAUCCAUUGAAUUAUGCAAGGAAUUACUUAGCUGAACUCUUAGAGCCCUGUGUCGAAAGGGUCAUAUACUUAGAUUCUGAUAUCGUUUUAGUUGAUGAUAUAUCUAAUCUGUGGAAAGCAAGUCUUGGAUUAUCAACUGUUGGAUCACCUCAGUACUGCCAUGCUAAUUUCACCAACUAUUUUACCCCAAAAUUUUGGUCUCACAAGAAGUUUUUUCGCGCAUUCCAUGGCCGGAAACCUUGUUACUUCAACACAGGUGUAAUGGUGAUUGAUUUGAUUAAAUGGAGGAAGUACAGAUACACGAAGAAACUAGAAAGAUGGAUGAAGAUUCAGAGAGUGCAUAGGAUAUAUGAGCUUGGUUCAUUGCCACCAUUUUUAUUGGUAUUUGCAGGGAAGAUAGCACCAAUUGACCAAAGAUGGAACCAACAUGGACUUGGAGGGGAUAAUUUGAGUGGAAGUUGCAGAAAUAUACAUGCUGGUCCUGUUAGUUUGUUGCAUUGGAGUGGAGGUGGCAAACCUUGGCUCAGGCUAGACUCUGGCAACUCUUGUCCUUUGGAUGAGCUCUGGGCUCGAUAUGACUUGCAUGGCUAGAAAUAGCGUUCACUGGCUACUUUUCAGCCUUAUGAUCUUUGAAAAAUAGUCAUUCUACUGAAGUUUUAAAUUCUAUGAGUAAAACUUCAGAACAAAAACUAUUUUUCAAUUAUAGAAGCUGAAAUGUGACUAUUUGUAAAUUUCCCCCCUUUACAUGGACCUCCUAAGUGAUGACCACAGAUUUGAAAAUUACAACAC